AUGGGGCUGGGUGCAGGGCUGGCCAGUGUUGGGCUGCUCGGGAGGUGGCAGUGGGUGGGUGUCAGGCAUCAGGGUGGGGAUGGGCACUGGGCAGGGGGAUUUGCUGCAGUCAGGGGCCAGGGUCUGCAGGCUUGUGCCAUUGCCAAGGGGCUGGUGAAAAGGCACCAGGGGCAGCGCCAGAACACGACCUGGCCCUCGGAGUGUGAGCAGUGCACCUGUGACCCGGACGGCAUCGCUCGCUGCCUGGUGGCCGACUGCGCCCCCCCGCCCUGCGUCAACGCCGUCUACGAGACGGGCCAGUGCUGCCCCACGUGCCAGGACGGUCCCAACUGCUACGCGGACAGGAGCCGGACGCGCAUCAUCCCCGCCGGAGAGGCCGUCUGGGUGGAGCCCUGCACCCGGUGUCGCUGCCACGACGGCCAGGACGCAGGCUACUGGGAAGGCAACCGGGUGGCCAAGUGCGAACUGCUCCGUAACUGCCGCCCGCUGGACCGGCCCGACUCCUGAGCGCCCCUCUCCCAACCCCAUCCCCCACCUCCUGCUGGGCCGCAGAGCCUCCCCCACCUUCUGCUGGGCCGCAGAGCCCCCCUCAAAAAAAAACCCCUCCCCCCUCCUGCUGGGCUGCAGAGGCCCCCCCAAAACACCCCUCCCCCACUUCCCGCUGGGCCACAGAGCCCCUCCCAAAACCCCUCCCCCCACCUGCUGGGUCCCUUGGGCCGCAGAGCACCCCCAGCUGCACCACUGACCCCUUCCCAGCCAUGCCACUAGUCUCCUCUGGACCAUCAGCCUCUUCCCAGCCCCAUGGCUGGACCCCAGGCUCUUCCCCAACACCUCAUCACCCCCCAGCUGGCCUGCACCAGGGGGCCCCCUCCCCAGCCCAGCUCCUGCCCCCUCAUCCCCAGCCAGGCUCCCUUGGAGUCACUCCCCCCCCACCUUGUGGCUGCGAGCCCUGUGGCAGCAAACCCACCCCACCCCCAGCUGGGUGGGCUCCCAGCAGCUCCCUGAGCAGUGCCCCCAGGGGGGUCGGGGGCUGCCCACACCAGCAGGGUAGGUAGGGGGCGACUCCAGAGUCCCCCCCACCACACACACACACAAUGCAAUACCCACCUCCCACCCUCAGCCUUGCUGGGAGGACCCUGAAACCCAGCCCCAACUUGGGGAGCUCUCAGGGAGUCAGACAGAGGCUCCCGCGUGGACAGCCCUGAGCCACUGGCAAUAAAGCUCCUUCUGGGUA